AUGGAUUUCUUUUUGAAAGGAAUGAAAGGUGAUGGAUAUGAGUGCCCCUUUGAUAUGAAAGACAUCCAAAGGUGCCCGUUUUUAAGGAACAUCAAUGAACCUACAAAUUUCUCUUUCGCCUCAGCCAAAACCUCCAUUCCUGUGCAUGGAGCCAAGGGUCCUAUAUUUGAAGAUGGUCCCAGUUUUGACAUGGCAUUUAAGCUAUUUCAUGGGAAGGAUGGGGUGAUUCCCCUGUCUGAGAAAUCUGAUUUUCACGGUGACAGUGCAGAAGCAGCUGUUUCUUUGCCUGUUUUCAACCCUUUAGCAGGAAGAGCUGCCACCAUAAGUUUGUCAACCUUUGGACCAGGAGGCCCAUUUAGUUUUGGGAAUUUUUCCGAGAAAUGGAAGAAGCAGAAGAAUUCCGAAUCAUCAAAUAAAAAGGAACACUCAUCUCAGAAGGGAGAUGUUUCAAAGCACGAGGCCCUUGGAAAUGAAUGGUUGGCAAACGGAAAUUGCCCAAUUGCCAAGUCUUACAGAGCUGUAAGCAACGUUCUACCUCUUGUUGCAACUGCUUUUCGGCCACCAAGUGGAAUGAAGCUUAAAUGUCCACCAGCAGUUGUUGCCGCAAGGGCUGCCCUUGCCCGUACAGCCUUUGUGAAAAACUUGCGCCCUCAGCCUCUUCCUGCAAAAAUGCUUGUUAUUGCAGCUUUGGGCAUGGCAGUUAACGUGCCCUUUGGCAUGUGGAAAGAACAUACCAAGAAAUUCUCGUUAUCUUGGUUUGCAGCCGUGCAUGCCGCUGUUCCCUUUAUCACCAUGCUUCGGAAAUCAGUGGUGAUGCCUAAAUCAGCUAUGGCACUGACCAUUGCAGCAUCCAUUCUCGGGCAAGUUAUUGGCUCGAGAGCUGAACGUAUCCGGCUGAAAACAAUCGCUGCUGAGAUGGGAAAAUUGAGAACAGAGACAGUAUGCCGCAUGGAAGACUAUAGUCCCAAGAAGCUUGGUGAUAUUAGGGCCAAUCACUGCAGUGCUGAAGGAAUGGUCCUCAAAUUGUCACUUCCUGUGACGGAUACUGGAUCGUCGUCUUCAACUGCUGGCGUGUGCUAUUGA